CAAAAAUCUUCUGCCAUCCCAUCACUGAAUCUAUGUACCACUCGGAACUAUCUAAAUUAGAAUCCUUCAGUUACCUACCUGUCUUUCUUCAAUGCUGUUCGCCACCUUACUUCAGGGCAUCUCUGGAUAAUGUCUUCUCCGUUAAGGCAGCAAGACUACUGACAAACACACAGCCUGAUAUAGACAUGUCGGACAACUAGCCACCAGCUUUCUAUACUCAUGAUACCAUAAGCAAGCAAAAUGGGUGACUGGAGUUUUCUUGAAAAAUUGCUGGACCAAGUACAGGAGCAUUCUACAGCGGUUGGAAAAAUCUGGCUUGUGGUCUUGUUUGUGUUCCGUCUCCUAAUUCUGAGCUUAGCCGGAGAGUCUGUUUGGGGGGAUGAGCAAGCAGACUUCAUCUGCAACACUAAAGAACCUGGAUGUCCUAAUGUUUGUUAUGAUAAGGCAUUUCCUAUUUCCCAUAUUCGCUAUUGGGUGCUCCAGUUCCUAUUUGUCAGCACUCCUACCCUAUUUUAUCUGGGUCAUGUACUUUACAUAUCAAGGAAGGAAGCAAAGUUAAGAAAUAAAGAAAAUGAGUAUAAAGUCAUGGAUGAAAAAGUCCAUCAAGUAAACCAUGAUGAAAAGAAACCUAGGAAAUUCUUAAUUCAGGAAGAUGGAAGAGUCAGGAUUAGGGGAGCUCUGAUGUGCACAUACAUAACUAGUAUCAUUUUUAAGAGCAUAUUUGAGGCUGGAUUUCUACUUGGUCAGUGGUAUCUGUAUGGCUUUGUGAUGGCUCCAAACUACGUGUGUGAAAGACUUCCAUGUCCUCACAAGGUAGACUGCUUUGUGUCUCGACCCAUGGAGAAAACCAUAUUCAUCCUUUUCAUGCUUGUUGUCUCCCUCAUCUCGUUAUUCCUCAACUUACUAGAGCUGACUAUUCUAGUUUUUCAAAGUAUUUGCCGGAAGGUAAAACGCCUUAUGUCUGCCAAAUAUACAGGUGAUACACAAGAGAUAUUCCAUGAAAAGGCCUACAGCUCACCUAGUGCACCGGUGCUGGAUAAAUCUUGCUUGUUUUUUACUGUUGACAAGGAUAAGCAUCCUGCCUACAAAAUAUCCAAUGAGGAGAACUGGGCUAACUACAAUACUGAAAAGGAGUUGGGAUUAAACGUUGGAUUACACACAAGCAUGGAAUGUAACUCUUACUGUGAUGCUACCAACCGAUCAAAUAGUUCUGUCUGGAAAAAACAAUACGUGUAAAUGUACCAUCUUGACUCUAAAACUGCAAUAUGUUGAAAAUAGGUUAUUUUUCUUGAUGCUUCCUACUUUUAUUAUUAUGUUUUUUAAGUUAUUAUUGAUCCUGAAAAAAAUAAAAGCUCAAGUUUGGA